AUGACGACCUCGCAGAGCCCGUCGAUCUUGCGCCAGCCUGCUCGCGAGUGGACCGUAGAUAAUCUCAACUUUUUGCAGGUGAAUGACCCGCAACCUUUCACACUUCUGAGUAAUAUCGCAGCAGGAACCGUCGAAGACAUUGCAAAACUAGAAUACCUCUCGAUUCCCACGGAACAUAUGCUCGACUUCUACUCAUACAUUUCUCAAUAUUUCAACCAUCCUUUCCGUCAAUUCUUCACCUAUCUUGAGCAUGUUCUCGAAAUUCCGGAUGAUCCCCGCAUACAGAUACGACUUUUGCGGUCUCUUGUAGACACGCUGUGGUGUCUCAAGAAUAGGCGGUUUCUACUGUUUCCCCAGAUAUUUGAACGGCUGAAGAUUGGAUGUCAACGAAUUAAAUGCGAUGGACUUUUCGAGCCACGCGAGCCAUAUGCGUCGAGAUUGAUUCCAGUGGUGGCAUUCUUAGCGUUGGAGGGCUCUGAAGACGACAGGAUUCAUGAGAUCCAACAACUUCUCGCCCAAGCAGUUCUUGCCUUUAAGUAUCGACCCAAGAUGGAUGAAUUUACGAGCUUUGUGAUGUGCUCAAUCGGAGCGGCGGUAUAUUUGGCUGGGGCCUGUGUCACUCGAGCCUAUUUCGAAUGUCUUCGAGACGAUCAACAACCGAGACAACGUUUACACGUUCAUCACUCCCCCAUCUACGAUCUGACGACUUUAGAUGGUAGAAAGGAUAUAUCACUACUUCUACUGAAGAUGCUGAACUAUGUGCACGACAGAGACCAUCCAUAG